AUGGAAUUCAAUAUAGAAGAAGUAGAAAAUGCCAUUAAAGAAACCACGAGGUUCACUUCUCCAGGUGAAGAUGGAAUUUCAUAUUCUUUUCUUAAAAGCUAUUGGUCUAUUAUUAAGAUUGAAUUCUGGGAAGCUAUGAAAAAUUUCAUUGAAACUGCUAAGAUGAAUGAGGAUUGGAAGAGAACAAUGAUUGUCCUGAUUCCCAAAAUCAACAAUCCGAAAUAUGCUUAUAAUUAUGGGCCUAUUAGCCUUUGUAACACGGUGUACAAAAUUUCAUCCAAAGUUCUUCUUAACAGAUUAAAUGGUAUUAUUCCUAAAUUAAUUUCCCUUGAACAAGCUGCUUUUCUUAAAGGGAGAUCUCUUCAAGAUCAUGUCUUGAUUGAUCAUGAACUUAUCCAUAAGUUCAUAUUUCUAAAGCUUCCAAAGCUACUUUCAAAUGCCAUUAUGGAGAAGGAAGAAAUUGGUUUUCGGGUUAGCAAUAACAGCCCAAGAAUUUCACACUUACUGUAUGCAGAAGAUAUCAGCUUCUUUGUUGAAGCUAAGCUCAAAAAUUUCCAAGAGCUGUUCUACGAGAAGUUGAGAAGCUUUGCCGAAACUUUAUCUAGGACAAAUCUAAUGAAGAUCAUGGGUUGCAUUAUGUCAGCUGGAAAAAGAUGUGUGAACCAGUUGAACAAGGUGGCAGAGGAAUUCAUUCGUGCUCCAAAGAAAUGGGCCCUCUAA